AGUAUAUAAAGGUCUGGGAAAGCUGCAGAAAUGGCAUCAUUACCAGCUGCAGAUCUUCAGUCGAUUUGAAAGACAUUCACUGCUCAGCAUCCACGUGAUUUAAGUUCAACAGUCACAAUGAAGCUCACUUCUGCUCUCGUUGUUCCUCUUAUUCCCGCACUGUCUUCGGCAGCUGCACUCGGUCGCCGCCAGAACCAGCAGGGAGAUGGUCCUCAAGGUGGUGCGGAUGCCACACAGGGCGACCUUAGUGGACGCCCAGCACCACGCUUCCCCUUCCCUCGUGUAGAGUUCCCGGUCCCCAAGGAGACUGUCGUGCUUAACGAGACCAUGUACAUCUACCCUGGUCAGACCUUCGACGGACAGAUGAAGCGCUAUGAGCGUGUGGAAGGCAGCUGCAACGAUCAGGCUGAAGGAACUGAUGCCGAUGCUGUCUUCAACCUUAUGCCUGGAGCUACCAUCAGGAAUGUCGUUAUCGGCAAGCACCAGUCUGAGGGCAUUCACGCACUGGGUGAUGCCUGGGUUGAGAAUGUCUGGUGGGAAGACGUCUGCGAAGACGCCCUGACCUCCAAGGGUCUCAACACACAACUCCGAGUCAUCGGUGGCGGAGCCCGCAACGCCCAGGACAAAAUCUUCCAAGACAACUCCUUGGGAGGCAAGUUCAACAUCACCGGUUUCUACGCUGAAACCUUCGGCACGUUCUACCAAUCUUGCGGCAACUGCCUGAAUCAAGCCAAGCGCAACGUGACGAUCCAGAAUGUCAUUGCUACCAACGGCACCCGCAUGGGCAUAAUCAACCCCAACUUUGGCGACGAGUACCGCAUCAAGAACUCACAGGUCCAGGAUGUCAAGUUUAUGGUCGACAAGGAGAUUGGCAACAAUGUGCAAACCGUUCCAUAUACUAUUGGAACUGGGCCGGACGAGAAGUACGCGCUGUACAACAUCACCCGUGAUCAAAUUACUGGCUUUAACGGAACUGCGACUAAUGUCUACACGCCUGAGGAGCCGUAUGAGUGGUUGUCUGAGUUCUGGCCCGAGAACUAG